GGUGAGGAGACUCCGCGCGGGUAAAGGGGCCGCCUGGAACGCUGUCUGAUCGUUCUGCGCUCACUAGCCUCCUAGCCUUCGGGACUCGCCGCCUGCACCUCCCCCACUCUCCGCCGUUACCCGGGAAACCCGGCCGCGAUCGCCCGUCGACCCGAAGCUGGUUUCAUGGCAGCACCGAAGAAAGCAGUUUUGGGGCCAUUGGUAGGGGCAGUGGACCAGGGCACCAGCUCGACGCGCUUUUUGGUUUUCAAUUCAAAAACAGCCGAACUACUUAGUCACCAUCAAGUGGAAAUAAAACAAGAGUUUCCAAAAGAAGGAUGGGUGGAACAAGACCCUAAGGAAAUUCUUCAGUCUGUCUAUGAGUGUAUAGAGAAAACGUGUGAGAAACUUGGACAGCUCAAUAUUGAUAUUUCCAACAUAAAAGCUAUUGGUGUCAGUAACCAGAGAGAAACCACUGUAGUCUGGGACAAGUUGACUGGAGAGCCUCUCUACAAUGCUAUAGCCGCUCCAGUUUCUCCUGGCCCUUCAGAUCCAGUUGCCGUUGUUCCCUCUGGCUCUUCAGUUCCAGCUGCUGGCACUUCCUCAGUGUGGCUUGAUCUAAGAACCCAGUCUACCGUUGAGAAUCUUAGUAAAAGAAUUCCAGGAAAUAAUAACUUUGUCAAGUCCAAGACAGGCCUUCCACUUAGUACUUACUUCAGUGCGGUGAAACUUCGUUGGCUCCUUGACAAUGUGGAAAAAGUUCAAAAGGCUGUUAGAGAAGAUAGAGCUCUUUUUGGGACCAUUGAUUCAUGGCUUAUUUGGAGUUUGACAGGAGGAGCCAAUGGAGGUGUCCACUGUACAGAUGUAACAAAUGCGAGCAGGACGAUGCUUUUCAACAUUCAUUCUUUGGAAUGGGAUAAAGACCUCUGCAAAUUUUUUGGUAUUCCAAAGAAAAUUCUUCCAAAUGUCCGGAGUUCUUCUGAGAUCUAUGGCCUAAUGAAAAUCUCUCAUAGCCUGAAAGCUGGGGCCUUGGAAGGUGUGCCAAUAUCUGGGUGUUUGGGGGACCAGUCUGCUGCAUUGGUGGGACAAAUGUGCUUCCGGGAUGGACAAGCCAAAAACACGUACGGAACAGGAUGCUUCUUACUGUGUAAUACAGGCCCUAAGUGUGUAUUUUCUGAUCAUGGCCUUCUGACCACCGUGGCUUACAAACUCGGCAGAGACAAACCGGUAUACUAUGCGUUGGAAGGUUCUGUAGCAAUAGCUGGUGCUGUUACUCGCUGGCUAAGAGACAAUCUUGGAAUUAUAAAGUCCUCAGAGGAAAUUGAAAAACUUGCUAAAGAAGUAGGUACUUCUUAUGGCUGCUAUUUCGUCCCAGCAUUUUCAGGGUUAUACGCACCUUACUGGGAUCCCAGUGCAAGAGGGAUCAUCUGUGGGCUCACUCAGUUUACUAAUAAAUGCCAUAUUGCUUUUGCUGCAUUAGAAGCUGUUUGUUUCCAAACCCGAGAGAUUUUGGAUGCCAUGAACCGCGACUGUGGAAUUCCACUCAGUCAUCUGCAGGUAGACGGAGGAAUGACCAGCAACAAAAUUCUUAUGCAGCUACAAGCAGACAUUCUGUAUAUCCCAGUAGUGAAGCCCUCAAUGCCGGAAACAACUGCCUUGGGAGCCGCCAUGGCAGCAGGGGCUGCAGAAGGAGUCGGUGUUUGGAGUCUCGAACCUGAGGAUUUGUCAGCCGUCACGAUGGAGCGGUUUGAACCCCAAAUCAAUGCUGAAGAAAGUGAAAUUCGAUAUUCUACCUGGAAGAAAGCUGUGAUGAAGUCAAUGGGUUGGGUUACAACUCAGUCUUCAGAAAGUGGUGACCCUAGUAUCUUCUGUAGUCUACCCUUGGGCUUUUUUAUAGUGAGUAGCAUGGUAAUGUUAAUCGGAGCAAGGUACAUCUCAGGUAUCCCAUAAAUAAUAUCAACUCAUGGAGUCGAACAAUGCGAGAGCUCUUUACCUAACGAGAGAAUCCAGCGAUUCUGUCUCUUAAUGUGAUGACACUAUUCAUAGACUGAUUUUAUUUAUAAGCCACUUGCUGCAUGAUCCUCGAAGUAGACCUGUGGCUUGAAAUAAAGAAAAUGCAGCAGAACGAAUGCUAUAGAAA